AUGGUCCGUUUUCCGGAGAGAGAGCGAGGCAAGUCGUGCUGGGAGAUUCUUCAGGUGGACAUCCCUGGCAGUCUCAGCCGGGGCGGCGGUCGGCCGGAGAUGGGACCCGUUGGAAUUCGAAACGCACACUGUCGUGCGUUACUCUUUUCUCUCCUGUUCGUCUUUCUCCUCGGACCUGGCUCGGUCGCCGGCACAGCGGCUGCACAGGAGCCUGCUCUCGGCGCCGCCGACGGACUCGGAACUGCCUCUCUAGAGCUCGACAAACGCGGCGGCCUCAGUGAGCAAACUGCGGGUGUUGAAGGUUCGGUUGGACGGCCCCACCAGUGGGGCAUGGAGGCUCUCUUGGCGUCGCAGGGAACCGAGGAGGAUUCGUUCAGCGAAGCUUCUCGGACCACGGCGUCGUUCGACCUGGCGUAUGACGCGGACGAGCAGCCGGCUGCGCCCGAGGCAGACAGCGUGGACUCGCACGCCUCUGACAAGGACUUCUUCCUCUCGCAGUCUGAAUUCGCGUCCAAAGGCCUUUUUGAGAGCUUCGAACACGCGGCCUUGGCGGCAAACGGAGACGGAUGGCAGCGCACGGCAUACCGGAGCCAGUCGACGAACGGUGUGCAGGGAGACGCAGAAGGCCAGCAGAACGGCGCCUCCGGCCAGGAUCCGCUCUCCUCCAACGCGUCCUCCCAGGCGCACGCGCGAAAGGGAAGCCAUAAGAAGGGUUCUGGCUACUACAGCGGGCGACGAAGGCGCAGAUCUCUUUCCUUUACCGUGACGCUUCUGGCCCUAUGGCUGUGGAACGUCGUUCUCCUCUGGGCGGUCCCAGCCGCGUAUAUCAACAGAGCCCGCAAAGCGAAUGUUUCCUCGGAGAGUACGGGUCCCCGUACUUGGCCGGACUUCUUCUCCACAAUGUACACAAACCCGGUCGCCGUGGUGUUUAUCUAUAUGCUCCUGCUGAUCGCCUACUUCCAGACCACUCGCCAACUCUCAAGCUUCGUGAGGAAGAAGUGCCGCCGACAGAAGAAACGCGGAAAACGCCAGGGACAGCCUGCAGGCCAAACAGAGCAGCACACUGAGAGCGAAGCUGCAGUGGAAGACGAAACACGUGACGAAGAAUAG